AUGGUUGGAUUUAAGCCCUCCGAUAUCCCUCCGACGGCGACCGUCAAGUUUUUGGGGGCCGGGACGGCGGCCUGCAUCGCCGACUUGAUCACCUUCCCGCUGGAUACGGCAAAGGUCCGGUUACAGAUCCAAGGAGAGAAGAAGGCCAACGUCACCCCCAAAACGGCGCAGUACAAGGGGGUCUUUGGCACCAUGGCCACGAUGGUGAAAAACGAGGGGCCCAAGAGCCUCUACAACGGGCUAGUAGCCGGCCUUCAGCGCCAAAUGAGCUUCGCCUCGGUCCGGAUCGGACUCUACGACUCCGUGAAACACUUCUACACCAAGGGAUCCGAGCAUGUUGGCGUGGGCAGCCGGCUACUUGCCGGUGGCACCACGGGGGCGAUGGCGGUGAUGGUGGCCCAGCCCACAGACGUGGUCAAGGUGCGAUUCCAGGCCCAGAUCCGGACAGAUGCUGGACGGCGCUACCAGGGCACGUUGCACGCCUACAAGACCAUCGCCAAGGAAGAGGGGGUCCGGGGCCUGUGGAAAGGGACCCUUCCCAACGUAUCCAGAAACGCCAUUGUGAAUUGCACUGAACUGGUGACCUACGAUAUCAUCAAGGAUACCCUGCUCAAAUACCGCCUCAUGACAGAUGAUGUCCCCUGCCACUUCCUCUCGGCCUUUGGGGCCGGCUUCUGCACCACCAUCAUCGCCUCCCCGGUGGACGUGGUGAAGACCAGGUACAUGAACUCCCCUCCCGGCCAGUACAGGAAUGCCGGCCGAUGCGCCCUGACGAUGCUCCGAGCCGAAGGACCGCUGGCCUUCUACAAGGGCUUUACGCCCUCCUUCCUUCGGCUGGGAUCCUGGAACGUGGUGAUGUUUGUGACAUACGAACAGCUGAAGCGCGCCAUGAUGGCAGCCCGGGCAUCGUGGGUGACCCCAUCCUGA